GUUUGACAAAUAAAUAUAAAAAUAGACAGGCGACAAGUGUUAAGUGUAAUUUGUAAACUUACUGUAAAUUUUACAACCAUCGCAACUUAUUCUGUGUGUAAAACUGCUUAAAACAAAUCAGAGGUAUAUGCGGUGGUAGGUACUUAUCUGAAUUGGGUAUUAUAAUUAAUCAAGAUGGUAAGGACAGUUUAUUCACCCGAGCAUUGCCUUCAAUAUUUGGAACAAUACGCAACUCAAGAAGUUUAUGUAAUUGGUUUAAUUUUGGGACAGAUAACUGAGGCACGUGAAAAUGUCAUUCAUCUCGCCCGAACACCAGAAGAAAAAAGUCCCGAUGGUGUAUCGGAGACUAGUUACACAUCAGAGAAACCGGAGCCUUUAAGAAAUUUGUUAGGAGUAUCUGAAACCUGGGUAGCUGAUCAUGCCAAACAUGUUACUAGAAUGUUGCCUGGAGGAAUGUUUGUUCAAGGUAUAUUUGUAACAAGUGAUGAAGAUAUCUUUGAAGAUCCCAAUUAUUUCAGUAAAGUGAAGUCAGUUUUAAAUUACACAUUCAAAGCCCAGAAUGUCAAUCCAUAUAUGGCUGGUAACUAUCCUCAUUCAAACGAGAGAUUGAUACUGCAUAUGUGUACAAGUACUAAAGUAUUGACUUGUAAAAGCGUUGAGGUUGGGACAGGCAACAAGACUUCGAUUAAACCUGUAGAGUGGAAAUUCUUACCAAAACCACAGCAAUGGCAAAGGUUGGACUGCUAUUAUGAAUUUGAUGAAGUAUAUCCUGUCAUAGUGAAGAAGAGUGGUAUAUCGGUGAAACAUCAAUUUCAGCAAAUUCUGGAAUCUGCACAUAAAACAAUUGAAUCUAGUGUUAUGUUUAUUGAUGGAGAGUUGAAAGAGGGUUCUGAACAAUUAGAACAGCUUAAUAAAAAGAAGAAACUAAAAAAUAGUACAAAAUCUGCACCAGAUGUGUUGAAAUCAAUGCAUGUUUCAUUGUUUGUGCCAUUUGAGAAUUCUUUACCCGAGACUGUUGAAUAUCUAGAAUGUGAUGGUAAUAUACAUUUCAGUGGUGUAGUAGCAUCAAGUGUAUUCAUGUACCCAAAAGCCACCGUAGGUGAAGCAAUUGCUGCUGUGAAACAGGAUAUUAUUAGGUCACUUGCAUCACGUUUCACAAUGCACUGUGAUGCUUUGAUUGAUGAUAACUUGUUACCUGAAGAAAAAGUCUGUUUCAAUGAACCACCUAGGCGAGUCUUAGUUCCCGUCGGCUCUCUAUAUCUCUGUGAUUAUUUAUUCCCUGGUGAGGCACCUGCCGAGGCUCUGCUGUCUGUCAAGGAACUUCUUGAUCUGCAAAUAACUGAAGGGGAUGUUAUUUGCGAUGUCGAGACUCCAGCAGAUACAUCAGAGUUCGAUGCUUUGGAUCGAGAUACAAGCAGUGAAGAACUCCUUGCGACUCCCCAAGAAGCUAGCCAAUUUAUGUACAUUACAGGGAUUUGUUUCGCUAUGUUUGUGUUAAUUGUAUCAAUAUUAAUACAUUACUAUGAUGGGAUUAUGGCAUGUCUGAGACAACUGUUUUCUAGGUCGUAAACUUAUGAGCUAUAAAUGUUUAUUUGUUUGCAAUCAGAUUUUAUUUCUCGAUGUCUUAUGUAUAUGGUAAUAAUAAUGUUCAGAUUGUGACUAUAAUAUGCACCUGUUUUGUACAGAUUGCUGUGUAAUGUUCAAUGAUAUAUGAAUAAAAUAUUUUUAUAUAA